CUCAGAAUGAGUGCACAUAUCCCAGUGCUACUACAAUUUUUCAAUCAAUAAGAUGUGUUAUCCGCGCUUUCUGGUUUCCCUGACUAUUUUAACCGUUUUACUUUCAACAAUCCAAGGAGCUUCAGUUGGCCAAGAAUGCGGAAAAUACAAUGACGAUCAGUUCAAGAAUAACAAAAGUAUUGCAGAGUCAAACGAACAUCCUUGGAUUGGACAGAUCGUAAAAACGAAUGGCGAUGGAAAGAAUGAAUUGGUCUGCGUUGGCAUCCUUAUAGAUGCCCGUCAUGUGUUGACCGCCGCCCACUGCGUUUCAACUGGCAAAUUAAGUGAUAUUUCUGGCAUUGUUUUUGGAGACUCGGACUCCAGCAGCACAAACUCUAUUAGCCGGGUCACCGUCCAUCCAGAUUAUUCAUUGGACAAACGACAAAACGACUUGGCUGUAAUUGAGCUCACAAAAGCCGUUGAGUUUACUGAUUUUGUUCAACCCAUUUGCUUGCCUUCGGCGGAGGAACACAAAAGUGAGGCUCCCGAUUCGGAUCAUAUCGUUUCGGGAUUCGAGGGACCUUCAUAUCGUAGGCAUGAUCCCGCAUAUAAACGGUCGGAUAAGCGCAUAAAAACGGCCUUUAAAAGAAUUGACAGCAGUGAGUGCCACAAGCUGCAGGAGCGAUUCCCAGUGGAGCUGAUCUGUGGCCAAGACGAGAAGGACGCACUCGUUGCCCUAUCGGGAUCCCCUUUGGCAGAAGCUUCCGGGAAUCCGAGGAAGCUCCAUUUAAUUGGCAUUGUGACGGUUGGAUUUCCCACUAGCGACAAAUCGUACACGGGCUAUUUAAAGAUUCGACCCCACUUAGAUUGGAUUCUCAAGAAUAUCUAAAAUCAGAUUUGAUCAGUUUGAGUUAUAAAUAAAACGUCAUGUUUUUACGGAAA